CAUCCCCCCCCCCUCCUCACACACACACUCGUGGAUGACCGGUUCAAGUCAUGUCGCGGAAAUUGCCGGGCCCCGGGCCCACGGGCCGUCAGGGGUCUGGGCGUGUCCCGGGUGCGGCCCGAAUGGUUCCCACCGAGGCCCCGCCUGAUUGGCCACGAGUGUAUGAUCACAUUUUGACUAUGCGGUCGGCUCGCACGGCGCCCGUGGAUCAGAUGGGUUGCGAGCGAGCUCAUGACUUUCAAGCCUCGCCUGAGGUUCAACGCUUUCAAUGCCUGGUGUCUUUGAUGCUAUCUUCGCAAACCAAGGACGAGGUCAAUUUUAAGGCUAUGGAACGGCUCAAAGCCCAUGGUCUCACCAUCCAGUCCUUGCUGGCCACCGAUGAUCAAACUCUCGGCCAACUCAUUUAUCCCGUGGGCUUCUGGAAGAGGAAAGUCACCUUCCUGAAGAAGACCUGCGAGAUACUAGCCCGAGAUUAUGGCAAUGACAUCCCAGAUACGGUUGAAUCCCUCUGCACUCUACCUGGAGUUGGACCGAAAAUGGCUCAUCUGUGUAUGAACAUUGCUUGGAAGAAGCAAAGCGGAAUUGGUGUGGAUACUCACGUGCACCGUAUUGCCAACCGUCUGGGAUGGACAGGCUCAAGGGGAACGAAGACACCCGAGGAAACUCGAAAAGCCUUGCAAGAUUGGUUGCCAGAGUCCAAGUGGACGGAAAUCAAUUGGCUUUUGGUGGGAUUCGGCCAAGAGCGAUGUCUACCCGUGUCACCGCUUUGUGGGGAUUGUCUUAAUCGGGACCUGUGCCCUUAUGGACAGGAAAAAAUCGCCUCGGGGAAAGCCCGAUCCUCUCCGAGAAAAAAGAGCUAGGCCCGCCAAACAUGCCUCGAGUCAAAUGUUAAGUGAAGGCCCCCCACCUCUUGUCGACUAAACUUUCCGUCAUAAGUAUUCCCAUUUACUUUAUUUAUAUUCAAGGUCCCUUGUUUUUAUCUUGUCACUCGAGUGUGUGGGAAUGAUGUGAGUAUUUGCUGAAAUAUAUACUUUAUUUACUCCGA